AAAGAGUCCGCGGGAGGCGCAUGAAAAGGAGUUGCCAAUGAACGAGGCAUGACAUCAAUCCCAUCAAUCCUUCGCUCGGAGCCGAGCGAGCGAGCGAGCGAGACAGAUGUGCAGCAGGUGAGUAAGUAGUGGACGGAUAGAAGGAAGGGAGGGAGGGAGAGAUCUUCAUAUGUGCUUCGGAAGCCGGAGCCGACGACAGACAGACUCAGACAGAGAAACAGGAAUCGGAGCGAGCGAGGGUCCAGCUGCAACUGCAACAGGAGUUGCGCAUGGAGCGUCGGCCAGGGAGUGAGGGACGGAGGGAUGGACUGACCGCGAGCGACCGACCGCUCGUACUUUAAGCGCGGACCAGAGCUCGCAGAGAACAGAACAGACGAGAGCAGAGCUGAACAGAACAGAGCAGAGGCCAGGUCGUUUCUGAGGGCAGCGGGAGCUGCUGCUGCUGUGAGCUCGGAGGAGGAGGAAGAAGAGCAGCGAGAGAUGCGAGGUGUGUAGAUUAGAUCAGCAGAUCAGACGAGGGGAGAUGGUGUGGGGCGAGACGAAACGAGACGACGGGGUGAGAUUGGUGAGCGAUGAGAGGAGAGGGAGAGGGAGAGGAGAUGAGAUGAGAUGAGAUGAGCCGAGCUGAAAUGAGAUGAGAGCAGGAGGGUGGGGAGGAGGAGGAGGAGCAGCAGGAGGAGGAGGAGGAGGAAGGGAAGGGCGCGAGGGAGGGAAGGGAGGGAACAGCUGCCUGCAGUGCGAAUUGAUUGAUAGACGGAUUGCAGUUGAUGUGAGGCCAGCGAGAGCAGAAUUGAGCAAUUGCGGUGCUGUGAGCGGAGAAGAGACAAAUGUUGGCUUGAUCGUCGAGGAAGACGACAGUUGCGCAUGGAGGGAGCGUAGCAAGAGGAGGGGGCGGGAUUGGUAGGGCUCUUUCGGGCUGAGCUGUUGCGAGGCAGCGCAAGACGGCCGAGCAGGGAGAGGAGAGGAGAGGGAGAGGGGGCUGACGGACACGAGGGGCAAAGGGAGGCCCGCCGGGGCCUGAGAGUCGCAGAAGCGCAGGAUCGUAGAAGAAGAAUGUGAGAGCCAGCUUGCAAACGAGCAGAGUGCUGUCGGCGGCAAUGAGCUUCAGACGUCCGAGGAAACUGAGAUGCUCUCGUCGACGAUUGGCCGGGCAGAUCCGUUGCCUCUAGUUUUGCCACCGACGAGUGUCACCACGAAGAACCGGAUGCAACACUCACUGCGAGUUUGACUGAAUCGUCAAAAAACACACCAGCGAGAGAUUGCGAGGUAGAGAGAGAGAUAGAGAGUAGACAGAGAUUAGGCAGAGAGCUACAGAUUGCGAGUUGAGCAUAGCGAUAGAGAGCGAGCGAGGGAGCGAGGGAAGGGCAAGAAUGGGGACUCAGGCGAAGACUUGAGGGGAGAAUGAGGAUUGGGGAGGUGGUAGCAAGGAAAUCGGAGCAGCAACGAGGUCGGUGGAGUUGAAUUUCGAGGCGACGAGGGCGAAGCGAAACAUGGCAGGGAGAGCCCCACCGCAGUCCCUCUCGAUUCCUGCAUUCUCUCAGAAUCAGCAGGGCCCCGGAUCAGGCGGAUCCGAUUCUUUUCGAGCUCGGGGCCGGAACCGCGGUUCGGGAGGCAGCAACAACGGGGGCAGCAGUAGUCGAGACCAUUCCGUCGAGAGCAGCAGAGGCGAGCGGAGGGGAGGAGGCACUCCGGAUUUCCGAGCUGCGUCUCGCGGGGGCAGCUGGGGGGGCAAUCAGGCGGCUGAGGUCCGAGGCGAUGGGGAUGCGCGGGGCUUCGAAGGCAGGGGUUGGGGCUCGAGCCCCAAGGCCCGCAUGGGAGCGACGAAAUGGGGCUCCGGCAGCGAUAGCCCCAAUUGGCGAUCCAAUCGCGGAGGAUUGCCGCAGAACGGCUCGAGAAAUGGCUACGGGCGGGGCUUAGGCCGAGGGGGGUUCGGGCCCGAAGGGCGCGGCGACUACGGCCGGGGCAAUUCGCAGGCCUCCGGCGCCUGGGGCAGCAGCAACGACUCUCAGAAGAGCAAUGCCCGUGGCCCUGCCGCUCGAUUCGGCGGCUCCAAGAAGGAUCCGUCGCUGGAUAGCCCCACGCGCUCUCGAUCGUCCUCCAGAGGUCUGAACAGACACCACGACGGCCGUCAAGCCGCCAGAAUUCCGUCCUGGGGCAACAGCAAAUCGUUCGGCGACGACAAUCCCCCGCCGAGGAAUGCCGCUGGCGAGCGGGGCUCGGCUCGAGGCGGGGGUUGGGGCAAGGGCAGCGUCCAGGACGCGCGCGUGCCCCCCAGCAGCCACCAGGGGGGCUUCUUCCAGGACGAUGUGGACGAGGUGGUAGGGGACUACGAGGCCCCCUCACAAUUCCAAUUGCAAUCGCAGAACGGGGACGAGCUCGAGGACGAGCAGCAGCAGCAGCAUCAUCAGCAUCAGCAUCAGCAGCAGCAGCAGCAGGAGGAGCAGGAGGAGGCUGGCUACAAAGGGUUUCCUCCGCAGGAGCUUCGAAUCAGCAGCAGCGACGGGAAUGCAGAUGGAGAGGAAGAAGACGAGGAAGGUGCUGAGAAAUCGCUGCCUUUGUCGCCGUCUCCCGCAGGGCUCGGAAGCCUCGGCGGCGAGGGGAAUGCUGGCGAUGGCGAUGGGAAUGGCGAUGGCGAGGCGGCGAGGUCCGUUGUGUCUCCGGCGGGAACGCCACCAUCGCAGCCCAGGACUCCGCCGUCUCAAGGCCUGCGGGCCGAUGCUGCGGAAUUCAAUCCCGAGACCGCGAGGCUGGGGCUGAUCAAACUGCCGCAGAUUGUGAGCCUGAGAGCCGAAGCGGCCGAGUACAGCCCUGAGACGCCCAAGGAUCCUCUGUCUCCGAUGACCAGACGAAGUACCGACUGGUACGAGAUCUGCCUGGAGGAGGAGGAGGAGGAGGAGCAGCAGGCAUUGGCCAACAAGAAGCGCGAGGAAGCUUUCGGGCCUCCGGUCGUCAGCAGCAGCCCUAGUUCUGGCGCGAGAGGCGAAUUCACUCGAAGGAAGAGCAGCCUGAGCAGGAAUUCGAGCGGGAGGAAAUUGGACGACGCUUCUUCCAACCUUCUGACCAGCAGUCCCGGGGCGUCCAAGAAGGAUUUUGGCAGGAGGAAUAGCUUCGGGAGCAGGACUCCGAACGGCAAGAAGCGCGACGAUGCUCUGGGCAACCACAUUCACAGCCCCGGUGCCCCGAAAGGCGAGCUGCGCAGAACCGGAAGCUUCGGCAGAGAUGUCGUGGGUGACACUCAGAGCCCUAGAACUAGACUCGGACGGAAAAAUAGUUUCAGCAGAGAUCUGGGCGGAGAUUCACCUGGUGGUGGCUCGAUUAGUUCUCCGGGCUCCGCCAAGGGAGAGUUCAAACCGUGGAACAGCGUUCGCGAGGAUGCUGCCGAUGCCGCCCAGCCCCGAGCAGGAGCCAAUGCGCAGAGGACUGGAGAAUCGAGAUCUGCCAGUCGAGGCGAUAAGUACGUGCCGCUGGCUCUGCGGAACAAGGGUCGGAACGAGCCGUCCAACCUCAAGCCUUCUGUCAAUUCUCCUCGCGGGAGGAAGUCCGGCGACCCUGGCGACUAUUUUGGCCCGCGAGAAGAGAAUGGACGAUGGAGGAAAGGUCCAGGACUCGAGGAUUCACUGACCAGAAGUGCCUCGGUGGGAGGAGAUACUGAAGACUCUGUAAAUAGCGUAACUGAAUCGUUCGAUCAGAAAAACGUCAAUACAGCAGUUCGGCCUGCUGCGUUUUUUCGUGCACUGAACGAAGCGACGGCUGUCGGAGAUGAUGACCCACUACCGCACAUCGUCGGAACUUGCACCGACAUGUGUCCAGUUAAGGAGCGGUUACAGCGGGAGAGGCUGAGAGAUUUAGCAGUAUUUGAGCGUGUCAAUGGGGAUCUCAAAAAGACAUCAAAGGAGCUGGCCGUGAAGAAGUUUUGCAGGACGGUUGUAGCUUCAGAGCUGUCGCAGUCAGAUGUUCGACCUUUACCAGUUUUGUGGAGGACUUUGCAGUACUUGUUGGGACUUCUAGAUGACCCCGAAUUUCCUUUUGACAUUGUGCACAGUUUCCUCUUUGAUCGCACUCGAGCGAUCAGACAAGAGCUAGGCAUGCAGCGAAUUCGAGAUUAUCAAAAUAUCACAAUUCACGAGCAAGUGGUGCGAUUUCAUAUAAUAUCACAGCAUGAACUGCGGGAGCUUAACAGGAAGAGAUCGAAGCAAAUUGAUACACACUUGAAUCUUCAGCAACUUUCAAAAUCUUUGUACAGCCUUCUCAACUUGUAUAUCAGUUUAGGAGGAGAGGAUGGCGUUCAACUCGAUAAUGAAGCUGAGUUCCAUGCAUACUAUGUGCUUUUGAAUCUUGGCAGUCAUGGCCAACUCCAAGCAGAACCUCUUUCUCUCUGGCUUCCAAACGUGCCCUCGAAUGUGCUCCAGGCACCUGCUAUGCAGUUUGCAAGGAAAGUUUUGAGGUGUUAUAGAAGUAACAAUUUUGUAGGCUUCUUCCGGCUGGUAAAUGAUGCCACAUAUCUACAGUCUUGCCUCAUGGAGCUAUCCUUCGACGCAGUUCGUGCCACAGCUUUGGCCAUGCUCAACGUGGCAGAGUACAAACUUCAUCCUUUUCCACUUCUAGAAUUAGGACAGUUACUCUUACUCGAAGAGAGCCAGGUUGAAGAGUUGUGCACAUACUACGGGCUUCGCACAGGCCUGGAAAAGGGCAGUGAAAAGCUGUGUCUUUUUGUCAAGCAGUCUACUUUCACAGUACCCGAAAGAUCCAGUCUUCCAUACCAUAGUAGCCCCCUCAUAGAUAGUAAACGAGCUCCCUCUUUAUUUCAACAAGUGAAGGGAGAGAAGAUUGAAUUGUGAGAAAAUUGCCAGUCACAUGCAUCCAUCAGACGACAAUCAGUACACAGCGCAAUUGAACUGAUGUUAAAUUUAAGACUUUCGAUAGUUUCUCCGCAAGAUUUGAAAAUCAGCACGUCCUAGCCAAUCCCAGAAACCCAGGAGUUCUUGAUUUUGAAUAUGGGGCUGAUCGCACGUGCAAUAUGAUUCCACUCAUCGAAAUAGUGGGACAGAAACCUGUAUAAAAUGUACAAAUCGUGAACGUAAGUGAUGGCUCCUCUGAUAUGCCAGGAGUAUCACAAGUUUCACAAACUCUCUACUCACAACUGCUAAUUGUACCCAUCUGUCACAUUUCCUUCAAAAGAUGGAUUGUACAAUAUUACAAGGAGGUUGCUUACAUAGUCAACCAAAUCAUUUAAAAACCAUUUGCAUGGUUGAGUACUGACCACAGACAAAGUUUUUAGUACUACCUCUAUGAGUGCGUUUCCC